UACAUUCUUGUGUGCAAGAAGUUAACAUGGAGAAACACUGGUCUGCAGUUUGUGCAUUGCUUUUAGCACUCAGUGCAUAUAUGCACUUUAACACAGUUCUUGCUGCAGAAGCUGAUCGCAAUUUAACAGUGAUUCUUCCAAAACCAGGACACUGCCCACGUCGCCUUAAUGUUGUCCCAUCACAUAAGGGGUGUGUGUGUGAUGAAGACUGUCCUGCAGACCACAAAUGCUGUGUCUUUGACUGUGGAGCUGUCUGUGUCCCUCCGGCUUUCACAAAGCCAGGAGUGUGUCCUCGCAGGCGCUGGGGAUCAGGGUUGUGUGCUGAAUUCUGCUUUAAUGACAGUGACUGCCCAAGUAAUGAGAAAUGCUGCUACAAUGGAUGCGGACACGAGUGCAUUGCACCAUACACAGUGAAGCCAGGUCGCUGCGCUCUGCCCCAGGGAACCCCCAUGUGCGCUGAGUACUGCUACCAUGACGGUCAGUGUCCAGGAGAGCAGAAGUGCUGCAGGACGACCUGUGGCCACGCCUGCAGUGAGCCCUGCUGAUCGGACUAACGCGUGUCUGCAUGUGUGCAUUUGUUUGGUUUCUUUCAUGCAACAACUCAGAAAAAAAAGUAUUAUGUUUCUACCUUUUCAUAGUAGCACACUUUGGUACUAUAUUUGAGCACCGGUUUGCACAAAGUUUGAUUGUUUGGAUUGAGAAGGUGAAGUGCUUUGCUUAAAGUUAUUCUCUGUACCUGUACUUUAAGUACAUACAAAAAUCAGAUUUUGUGAAUACUUUUAUGGUUAAAUAAUCUACACUUGUAAAGAAUUAUAAUAAUAAUAAUCUGUUGUACUGUUGUUGUGACACAGUCAGAGGGAUUGUCCACUAGUAAUCUUUUUCCCCUCUGAGCCAGUCUGACUAAACUUUCCUGUAAAGACAAAGUGGUCACUUUGGAAAACAUCCUUGGACUGGAGAGGGAUUAGCUGGCAGGGUGCCACUCAUAGUUUCCAGAGCACCUGCAGUAUGUUUGUAUAUUAACUUGAUUAGUUUACAACUUAAGUAAUUGUACUUUGAUGUCACUAACAUUUUAGUUAAGUAGUAUUUCUGUAUGAGUAGCAGUACUGCAUAUUCUAAAUGUUGUAAAUGGAUGAAAAAUGUACUAUACAGUACUUUUAUAUCUGCUCCUCGUGCAGUUUGAAGGUAUGGGGCAUUUUCUAUUUCUUUGUAUCUCAAUAAAUAAACAUGUUU